AUGUCCGUCACCACAAACGCAACCAUCGCCUCCUUCGGCGGCAAGCUCCUAAAGCUAAGCCAUGCCGCUACAACUACAAAAUGCGAGAUGAAAUUCAACCUCUUCUUGCCCCCGCAAGCCCAGACACAGAAGGUCCCCGUACUGAUCUACCUCUCUGGCCUGACCUGCACCGCCGAGAACUGCUCCGAGAAGGGCUUUUUCCAACACAGCGCCAGCAAGAAGGGAAUUGCCGUGCUGUACCCUGAUACCAGCCCACGCGGUCUCAACAUCCAAGGCGAGGACGACGCAUACGAUUUCGGCUCCGGCGCCGGCUUCUACGUCGACGCCACCAAGGCCCCCUACAAUGCCGGCUAUAACAUGUAUAGCUAUGUCACCGAAGAGCUGCCGCAGACCGUCUUUGCUGCGUUCCCCCAGUUGGAUGCCAGUCGUGUUAGUAUUACCGGCCACAGUAUGGGUGGACACGGUGCUCUCACUUUGUUCCUCCGCAACCCAGGCAAGUACAAGUCCGUCUCUGCGUUCGCACCGAUCACGAACCCGACCAACUGCCCCUGGGGCCAGAAGGCAUUCAAGGGCUACUUCGGUGAUGAUCAGCAAGAUAAGUGGAAGGAACACGAUGCUACUGAGUUGAUUAAGAAGUGGAGUGGGGGUCCGCUGGAUAUUUUGAUUGAUGUGGGUACCGGCGACAACUUCUACAAACAAGGCCAACUCCUACCGGAGAACUUCGAAGCCGCAGCCCGUGACGCAGGCAUCGCCGGCUUGAACAUUCGCUACCAGCCUGACUAUGACCACUCCUAUUAUACCAUGGCUACUUUUGCGGAUGACCAUGUUGAGCAUGCGGCCAAGUACCUCUUUGCAUAG